AUGGAGUCGUUGUCAGUCUUCAACACCACCGCCUCCUUCCCCCUCUUCUCUUCCUCACUCGACCACCCCAGGCCCCAACUCUCCCUCACUCCCUCCUCUUACAGGCCCAUGCCGAAGCUCGACGUCGUCCACUGCGCCGCCGCCCAGGGCCAAUCCUCCGCCGCCGCCGCCGCCGCCGCCGCCGCGAAGCCCAAGGAGGCCAAGCUUUGGGGCGGCCGCUUCGAGGAAGGCGUCACCGACGCCGUCGAGCGCUUCACUGAGUCCAUCUCCUUCGACAAAGCCCUCUACAAGCAUGACAUCCUCGGCUCCAAGGCCCACGCCUCCAUGCUCGCCAAACAGGGAUUGAUGACUGCGGAGGAUAGGGAUAGCAUCCACGAGGGGCUUACGGAGAUUCAGAGGCGAAUUGAGAGCGGCGAGUUUGAGUGGAGGACUGAUAGGGAAGACGUGCAUAUGAACAUUGAGGCGGCGCUGACGGAUUUGAUCGGCGAGGCGGCCAAGAAGCUGCAUACGGCGAGGAGCCGGAACGAUCAGGUCUUGACUGAUUUUCGGCUGUGGUGUAGGGAUGCAAUUGAGGCGAUUCUUGUGCAGAUUAAGCAUCUGCAGGUUUCGUUGGUCCAGUUGGCGCUGAAGAAUGAGGGUUUGAUUGUUCCGGGGUACACGCAUUUGCAGAGGGCUCAGCCUGUUUUGCUUCAGCAUUUGCUGUUGGCGUUUGUUGAGCAGCUUGAACGUGAUGCUGGUCGCUUACUAGAUUGCAAAGAGAGGUUGAAUUUUUGCCCUCUAGGUGCCUGUGCAUUGGCUGGCACUGGACUUCCAAUCGAUCGUUUUAUGACCUCUGAUGCUUUAGGCUUCACUGCUCCUAUGAGGAAUAGUAUCGAUGCAGUUUCAGACAGAGACUUUGUCUUGGAAUUUCUUUCCGCGAAUUCAAUUACAGCCAUUCAUCUCUCCCGCCUUGGUGAGGAAUGGGUAUUGUGGGCUUCAGAAGAGUUUGGAUUUAUCACACCAAGUGAUGCAGUUUCAACUGGAAGUAGCAUUAUGCCUCAGAAGAAAAACCCAGAUCCAAUGGAACUUGUUCGUGGAAAAUCUGCUAGGGUAGUAGGAGAUCUAGUUACGCUUCUCAUGUUGUGCAAAGGACUUCCUCUUGCUUACAAUCGUGAUUUGCAGGAAGAUAAGGAGCCUGUUUUUGACAGUGUGAAGACAAUUUUGGGGAUGCUUGAAGUGUCUGCGGAGUUUGCACAGAACAUUACCUUCAAUAAGGAGAGAAUACAAAAGGCUUUACCUGCUGGUCAUCUUGAUGCCACCACUCUUGCUGAUUAUCUUGUGAAGAAGGGCAUACCUUUCAGAACUUCUCAUGACAUAGUUGGAAGGGCAGUAGCUGUUUGCGUCUCAAAAGGUUGCCAACUUAAAGAGUUAAAUCUCGAUGAGCUGAAAAGCAUAAAUCCGGUGUUUGACAAGGAUGUAUAUGAGUUUCUUGGAGUAGAGAAUGCAGUUAAAAAGUUCAGCUCAUAUGGUUCGACAGGGUCAGAAUGUGUUGCCAGUCAACUUGAUCACUGGGUUACUAAACUCGGACUCACCAAAGGGGCCUGACAAACGGAUUGUGCUAGAGAUAUAUAAAUUGGAGUGCUAACAAUAUAAGCCACUACUAAAAAACUAUCAUUGAAGGUGGUUCGUAGAAGAUCUAAUCGUCUGGAAUAGGUGAGUUGAGCCAGUAUGAAAGAUGAGAUCACGUUUGUUAGGCCCCAGGAUCGAUUUGUUGUUGUUGUUUUUUUUUUUUUUUCCUUUUUCUUUUUCCG